ACAGUAAUUAAUUGUCUUCCUUAUCGCUGCUGCUAUUACUUGCUGCAUUUAGUGGAGCUUGGAACAAUAACUGGAGCAUAUUAAACUCACACACACUCACCCGCACGGUGGCAAUUGUUUUGCUCUCGACGCUCUUCUCACUUCUCCCCCAACCCAGAAAUGAUAAAAGGAAACCCCAUUUUUUCCAGCGUCCCACCUCAAACAUAACUCCACUGGAUUACUACGAGUGGUAUAAUUCCCUGCCCCCCCCCCAAGCCCCCGGGUCGUUACUCGUUAGCCAUGGGUUUCCUCUUCCACAUCAUCAGAUUACCGACAGCCCUGACUGGAGGACCAUUCAUUCUAAACCUAUGGACCCAUCUCAAGUUGUUGGCCAUGGGAGCACUCGCCCAUCUGGGAAUCUACAAACCACCCCCUGACCACCAACAUCAUUCCGCCGACGAUUCCAACAAUUACAUCUUCAUUUUCGAUGAGGGCACCUGCCCAUCCCUCGUCCCCAUUCCCGUUCAUGUCGUCGCCGCUGCCAUCAAGACUAAAGUGCCUGUACUCCAAUUUCAAGAUUUUCUGCUUUUACAACAAGUGCGAGAGCCAGAAGCAGAGGAAGAAACGGAAUCGUCAGCCUCAUCAUCACCAUCGCCAUCACCCUCACCCUCACCCGACGGGGACAGAAAAGGUGGUGAUGAUAUGGUUCCGCAGAAGAUGUGCACCAUCUGCCUAGACCCCGUAGAUUUGAAGCACCAGGUGAGGCAGCUUUCCAGGUGCACCCAUGUCUUCCACAGAGAUUGCCUGGAUACAUGGGUCGAUUCCGGUCAGGUUACUUGCCCGCUCUGUAGAUCUCUAUUGCUGCCGCCCAAGACCAAUCUCACCAGAUGCGCUCUCGCCGCCCCCGCCGCCGCCCCGCCGGAGAUCCACCUCCAUCCCCGCUCCAGGACAAUGCUCCCUAGUUGACUUGUCUUUAUUUCCUUUAUAGCAAUUUUAAAUCUCUCUAUUUCCUGGGCAUCAUCCGCAGAUGGGAUGAUGAGGUGGUUUGAGAUCUGUAACUAAUUGUUAGUGAUGCCCCUUUUCCUUUUUCUAUGCAAAUAUGUGCUCCGUUACUGCCCAUUUCAAAACGCUCUUGACAGCUAAGCUCCGGCGAAAAGAUUUCUUCCCUUCACCCUGCGGCCGCGGGAACUAUUUUACGGGGUAGUUAAACUUUAGUUCCUAUAGCUAUUCCGGGAUGAAUAGUGAAUACCAAUUACGACCACUCGAUUAUCAUCGCUUUUGUAUUUCCGACGACUGAUGACUCAACAUCCUAAUUUGCGAAUUUCAGUUCAUUAA